UUGACUAACACAAUGGCUGAAUCGUCCUAUUAUCUUUUUUGGGGGGUUUACAGUAGCGAGAUUGAGCCUAUAUUGCUUUUAGACUGCUACCAUUGGUAUUAGACAGUAGGAAGUAGCGAAUUAUCUUAAAUAUCGCUUCAGAUAUUCAGAAAUAGAUUUGCAUUAAUUUUAGAAAAACUAAUGACACGUGUCAGAAACCUUAAACAACGAAGUCCUAAUCGAAAUAUCAAUAUGGAAGACGAUGUUAUACCGCUGUCGAAUCGCUUGUUAUCCCAUUCAAAGGAAGAAAGUCUAUUAGCCACUAAGUUUCACUGGUCGAGAGCUGAUCGACCGAAGUGGUUGGCCGCGCUCAUGUGCGCCUGUUCGUGUUUAUAUACUACCAGAAUCAUAAUGCCCUUGUGCAUGGUAUUAGUGGCUGAAGAGUUAAAUUGGGAUAAAAGAGAAUCGGGCCUGGUUUUGUCCUCAUUUUUUUGGGGUUAUCUUAUCACUCAGAUCCCAGGUGGAUUCCUUAGUGAUGUGUAUGGAGCUGAAAAACUUGUGAUGUGGGCAAUCAUUGGAUGCUCUGUCACUACCAUGGUUAUCCCUAUUGUAACCAGUUCAGCUUUGAGCAUAUUGUCAUUUGCCUCACCUUUAGCACUUGUGGUGGCAGUUAGAGUGUGUCUUGGGUGCUCACAAGGUAUAUUCUAUCCAGCUACUUACAGCAUUAUCGGGAAAUGUUUGCCAAUUAGUGAGCGUUCAUCAGGUGGUGCAUUAGCACUGGCAGGGGGUCCACUGGGGAGUCUCAUCAUGGGUAGUCUUGGUUCCCUAAUGCUUGUACAUCUAGGCUGGCGAAUGGUUUUUAUUAUUUUUGGCUUGGCUGGUCUGGUAUGGACUCUGGUCUGGUAUUACUAUUUCCUGAAUCAGAAUCCAGCAGUUAUUGAUAUGAGUUCAAGUAUAAGAGAAAAAAGUGUUUUGUCAAAGCACCAUAAAACAGACACGAUAGUUCCAUGGGGAGUGCUGAUGUGGGAGCCAGCAGUAUGGGCAGUUGUCCUUGUUCACUUUUGUCAUAACUGUAUGUACUUCAACCUCAUUUCCUGGUUACCAACAUAUUUUCACGAAAACUUUCCCCAGGCAAAAGGAUGGAUUUUUAAUGUACUUCCCUACAUAGCAAAUCUGGUCGGAAAGAUUGUUGGAGGAAAAGUUGCUGAUAAAAUGAUACAAAAAGGAUUUUCUGUUUCAUUUACCAGGAAAUGUCUAGAGACUGUUGGCACUUCAGUAUCGUCAUUAAUCCUGCUUACAUCUAGUUAUGCUACUGGGUUUUGGCAGGCAUUAUUCUGCAUGAGCCUCACCCUUGGAUUGUCCGCUUUAACAACGAGCGGCUCUCUUUGCAACAUACAAGACCUGUCACCAACUUUUGCUGGCUCAAUAAGUGGUGUAGUUUUUUGUGUGGGGGCAAUACCAGGGAUUCUUGGCGUGUAUGCUACUGGAUACAUAUUACACCUAACAAACAGUUGGAAAGCCGUCUUUCAGUUGACAUCUCUCAUCUGUAUCAGCGGUAAUCUAGUGUACAUCAUGCUGGGCAAGGGAAAGAAGAUAGCGUGAAUAGCCUGAUGUUUUGUGCUGCAGGAAUGUAAUCGUUAUUAUUAAGAACAUUUGUCAUUCCGUGGUAGAAACCCGGAUAUUCAGUACUUAAAAACUUCUGAAUCUUAGGAUUUGGAUUGAAAACUUGUAACUCUCGCUGGUGCAUGCGCUUGAUAAUGCUCAAGCAUGAAGAAAGAAGGAAGGAAGUUAGAUGGAAAGAAAGGAAGGUGGUAAGAAAGAAGAAGAAAAACGAAAAAGAAGAAAAAGAAAGUGAAAGGAAA